AUGGACGGAAGACUUCCCGUGCCGACACUUCUCUCAAGGCUCCUGCAGAAUGAGCUGAAAGUCUCCAUCUGCGCUUUUGGCGCAGACUUUCCCUGGUGCCAGGGCGGUGCCUUCGGCGCCUUCCGGAAGCGUGCGGCCCAGGAACCACGGUGGCUCUCAGAGGCUGGGGAGGACAACAGAAGCUUUUCAUGGAGUUUCUGGGAGCCUUCUUGGCAGGCUCAGACCGAGUCCGAGACGCUCCAGUGCCUUAGGCAAGGCGCUCCUCUGCGAACUGCCAAGGCCUUUGUUCGUCGAUUGCCUUGGCGAUGGUCCCAGAUGGUCGUUGUUCCAGUGAUCCGUGUCAGAGAGCCGAUGUCAGGACAUGCUGUUGAGCAGCGUGUUGUGAUCGGGCUGGCAGCAGAAUCAGAAGAAGCCACGUCUGCCACCCUCUUGUACAGGCGACACCAUCCGCGAGGUCAUCUCCUUGGACGGCGUGCAGGUGGGGAGUCGAAGAAAGGCUACGACGUGGUCGUUAUAGGGGCCGGACUGGGCGGCCUGGCCUGUGCGGCAGCUCUCGGCAAGGCUGGGCGCCGCGUGCUCGUCCUGGAAGCACACAGCGCUCUUGGUGGUUGUGCGCACUCCUUCAAACGCAAGGCCCCUGGAGGAGGAGAGUAUCUCUUCGAUUCUGGUCCGUCCAUUCUAACAGACAUGGGGAAGCGCAAUCCCCUGCGGGUCGUGAUGGACUACGUCGGGGCAAGCCAAGACGUUGAGUGGAUCUAUUACGAUGGCUGGGGCAUGCUGACCCCUGAAGGGCCCUGGCGACUCCAGCUGGGGACAUCGAACUUUCGCGACACCGUCCUACCAAGGUAUGGCGUUCCGCCCGAGGAGUUUGACGAGGUUCUGAAGGCAUCAGCUCCCUUGGCGCAGAUUGGGCGCCAGAUCCCUGGCCUGGUCUUGCGUGACGACGAGUGGCAACUCCUCCCGCUCCUCUUGAAGUUUCCUGGAGCGGUUUUGCCGGCCAUCCGCGAAGCCGCCAGCCUCUCUGAGCCUUACAGCAAGGUUCUUGACCAGCUGGAGGCAGAGGGCAAAAUGCGCAAGGGGAGCUGGUUGCGAGCCUGGCUAGAUGCUCUGGCAUUCUCGCUCUCGGGCUUAGACUGCAGCGGCACUACGACCGCAGCGAUGGCAUUUACCGUCGACGAACUCCAUUGGGAAGGCACCCGUGGCCUUGCCUACCCCAAGGGUGGCAUGGGCUCCGUGAUAGAUGCCCUCGCAGCCGCGGUGCGCCGUGAGGGUGGCGAGAUCCGCACGAAUGUUCGGGUAGAGGAGGUUCUGAUGGACAAUCGCUGUGCCGUCGGUGUGCGAUGUGCCGGUGCCACAGGGGAGGUUCGAGCUCACGAGGCAGUCGUUUGCAAUGCCUCCGUCUGGGAUGCGGCGAACCUGCUGCCCAAGGAGGAUGCAUUGGAGGAGAUGCGGGAGGACUGGAAGGCGACGCCUCAGACACGCUCCUACCUGCACCUUCAUCUCGGCUUGGAUGCGACCGGCUUGGAUUUGGAGAAGCUGGAGCCACACUACACGGCCAUGGCUAGUUGGGACGACGUGACCGCCGAGCAGAACAUGGUCGCCAUCUCCAACCCAGCGCUCUUGGACCCAGAUUUAUGUCCACCCGGGAAGCUCAUCCUCCACCUCUACGGGGCUGGGAACGAGCCCUUCGACAUUUGGCAAGAGACAGAGGCCCAGGGCCGCGAAGCCUAUGAGGCGCUCAAGGAGGAGAGGUCCAAAAGGCUCUGGGAAGCGCUGGAGGAAGUGAUUCCGGACGCCCGUCAGCGUGCGGAGGUGGCAUUGGUCGGAAGUCCCCUGACCCACAAACGCUUUCUUCGCCGCGCGGCCGGCACCUACGGGCCAGCUCCCGUCUUCGGCCGCUUUGGCCCUGGCCAGGUUCCUUUCCGCACCGCAGGCGACGCCUUGCCUCGCAACCGACAGAGCCCCGAGGAGUUGGGUGUUGACCGUUUGCUACUCUGUGGCGACUCCACAUUUCCGGGCAUUGGCGUGCCUGCUGCAGUAGUCUCGGGCCUCUCUGCAGCACACACAACGAUGAGUGUGUGGGACCACCUGGAGCUUCUGGGGCGUGCUGGCUACUGA